AUGGCCUCCGCCAGCGACGAAAGGUCGCUGAUGUUCCGGUUAGAACGCGUGGAAAACAUUUGUGCCACUCUUAUGGGCCAGUUGUCGCAGUCUCCGUGGCGGCCAGGUCUUGAACAGAAUUACCACGCAGCAGAGGUCCCAUUGUCGGCAAAUACAGCUGCCAAUGGAUAUGGUCAAUUCGAUGUGGCCUCGUCAGGUGUCUUUCCCUCUUUGCUCCUGGAGACGGUGACAUCCCCUUACGUUGGCGACUAUGACAACAUGGAAAACAACAAUAGCUCGUGGCCAGGGCAAAAUUAUCUUUCUGUGUCACAGGGUUGUGAACCCAGGCCUGUCCAGGCCGCAGCAGAAGUAGCUGGCAUGGAUGAAUUCGCGCCUCUUCCAGCUUCUGUGGAGACUCGACUCAACUUCAAGCCACCAGUACGAUCAAUGGCAUUCGAAUAUGACCAAGCUUGGAGUCAGUCGACUUUUGGCUAUCUCGAGCCAAGUAUAACUCUCAGCCCACAUAUCCGAACGAUGAACGUUGGCGAUCCGUUCUAUACUCCUGCCUCUAUACGGUGCCAUCCAUGCGAAGCAAACAAUUCUCGAUAUCUGUAUAAUCACACAAUACCUUCAACUCAAGACGGCAUAUCUGAGACGAUUGAGUCUGGGAAUCAACCAACAACUCGGGUGUCUUUUCUUUCCACUGCUGAUGAACUCCGUAAUGGCGGAACAUACUAUUCGGAAGAGAAUUCCCUUGGAUUUUCUCAGAGUCUCGCUGGCCAUGACUCAAUGUCAGGAUCGUAUCAAUCUAUUCCCGUAUACCGGGAUGUGCAGCUGAGAUACGAGGACCGAGAAGUCGGUUUUCAUCCAGUCAACCCAGCGGGCAAGGUUGAUCAAUAUAUAGAAGCCAUGGGUCACCUCUUUGCGCAGUUCACGUCAACAUUCACUAGUAUUGACGGCCUUGCCAUGCUAGCCUUUGAAGGCACCUCGUGGGUCCUUCACGAAGCCUGGCCCACCGUGGAGAUAUUCUGGGAACUUAUCGGAGCUCGUGAACAGUUCAGCCUGGUCGAGCUUUGGCGCAACGCCCCUUGCCUGGAAUCUUACCGUCGACUCCCGCCAUACUAUCGUCCCACCGAGGUGCAACUGUGCAUCCCGCAUUCGCCCUUCAUUGACUGGUUACCGUGGCCAGAUCUUCGCGAGCAACUAAUACUAUUGCAACCCUCCACCCAAAUUGACAGCGAUGUCGUCGUUCGCACCGCGAUUCAGAACGCCGUAUCGCAGCGAUGUGUACCUUCUACACCUGCUGGCAAGGGUGACAUCCCGGCGAACCGUGGAGCGCCCGUCGCCGCAAGUACUAGUUUCCGUCUAUGGGAGCUCUGCCUCCUGGAAAAACAGGGCAGGCAGGUAUCGACACAAGGUACCUCAGCUAAGCUCUACAGGCAGAAGCUUUCUCCCAGCAUCGCCUCUUUGUGCAAAGUCUACGGGCUACGUUUGACCGAUAUUCCAGGCACGCAACUCGAUCCUGCAUUUUUCGACAUGUAUCCUUCUCUGCGCUGUGACAAUGUGCGCUCUCGGUUUCAAGUCCAGAGGCUAGGAGGCAUUGCUCCCGUAGGCGAGAUUGACCUUCCAGUAGACAUUUCAUCCCAACGUCUGCAGCGACUAGAGAGGAGGAUGGCUGCGGCACACAGACAAUGGAUGGAGACUAACCGGCAAUGA